AUGUCCUCUGUUGGACGAUCCCUGCUCAUGGCCUCAAAGGCCGCUCGCAUGGCUUCUCGCGUUUCUGCUCUUCGCGCAUCCUCAAUCAUUUCAAGAUCCUCGGCUCCUAUUGCUCUUCAAUCAAGCGCUCUUAGAACCGUCUCUGCCACUUUUUCUACAUCUACCAAGGCUCUCCUGGCUACUACUUCUUCGCCUUUGGAUCCUCUCGACACCUUUAUUCGCCGUCACAAUGGCUCCACUGGCCCUGAUGUUGACUCCAUGCUUAAAACCGUGGGUUACUCUUCAGUCGAUGCAUUCAUCUCCGAUGUGGUCCCGGCUGAUAUUCGCCGUCCUGACGAGCUCCAGAUCUCCCCCCGCAAUGAUGGUCUUAGCGAGUCCCAAGCCACCGCUGAGCUUAAAAAGAUUGCCUCUAAAAACAAGGUCCUCCGUAGUUACAUUGGCCAGGGUUACUUUGGUACCUACACCCCACCUGCCAUCCAACGCAACAUUCUCGAGAGCCCCGAGUGGUACACUAGUUACACUCCCUACCAGCCUGAAAUUUCCCAGGGUCGUCUCGAGUCUCUCCUCAACUUCCAAACCGUCGUUAGCGACCUGACAGGCCUCCCAGUCGCAAAUGCUUCCUUGCUGGACGAGGGCACUGCUGCCGCUGAAGCCGUCAUCAUGGCCUUCCACUUCCACAGAGAAAAGAGAAAGACUUUUUACGUCGACCCCAAUAUUUACCCACAAACCCUUUCUGUGGUCCAGUCCCGUGCUAAACUUUUGGGAAUUAACCUUGUUGUCGGUCUCCCUCCGGCUACUUCCAACCCUAAGGAAGACUACAAGGACGUCCUUGGCGCCAUGGUUCAGUACCCUGCCGCCGAUGGCUCAGUUCAAAACUGGUCCCAGCUUGCUGACACCCUUCACCAGUCUGGCUCUUUGCUUACUGUUGCUUCCGAUCUCCUUGCCUUGACUGUCCUCGAGGCCCCAGCUAAGUUUGGUGCUGAUAUUGUCUUUGGCAAUUCCCAGCGCUUUGGUGUUCCCUUUGGUUACGGUGGUCCCCACGCUGCCUUCUUCGCCACUACUGAUGGUGAAAUGCGCAAAAUGCCUGGCCGUCUUGUCGGCAAGAGUAAGGACCGUUUGGGCAACCCUGCUUUCAGACUUGCUCUCCAGACCCGUGAGCAGCAUAUUCGUCGUGAAAAGGCUACCUCUAAUAUUUGCACAGCCCAGGCUUUACUUGCCAAUAUGGCUGCCAUGUAUGCUGUCUACCAUGGCCCCAAGGGUCUCAAAGACAUUGCUCUCCGUGUCCAUACCCUGACUGCUGCCUUGGCCACUGCUAUUAACGAGUCCUCUCCUCACUCUGUUGCCAACUCCACUUACUUUGAUACUCUGACUAUUAACCUUGCCAAUGGCCAGUCUGCUGAUGAGUUUUUGGCCAAGGCUGUUAAGGACUUUGAAAUUAACUUGGCCAAGCAAGGCGAGUCUACUGUUUCCGUUUCUCUUGACGAAACUGUUUCUGCUACUGAUCUUGCUGACCUCUUUAAGGUCUUUGGCGCUGAAAUUACUCCUGAAGAAGCUAUUGCUAAGCUCAAUCUUUCUGUUGAUGGCAAGUUUAUUGCCCCCCCUGCUGAGGUUGCCCGUACUUCUGAGAUUCUCCCCUAUGAUGUCUUCCACAAGUACCACACUGAAACAGAACUUCUUAGAUAUAUGCACCUUCUUCAGUCCAAGGAUAUUUCUCUUGCCAACUCUAUGAUUCCCCUUGGUUCUUGCACUAUGAAGCUUAAUGCUACCACCGAGAUGAUUCCCAUUACUUGGCCUGAAUUUUCCAACAUUCAUCCCUUUGCCCCCAUUGACCAGGCUCAAGGUUAUGCUGAGCUUACCUCUCAGCUUGAAAAGGAUCUUGCCCAUAUUACUGGGUUUGAUGCUACCUCUCUCCAGCCCAACUCUGGUGCUCAGGGUGAGUACACUGGUCUCCGUGUCAUUCGUCAAUACCUUGAGAGCAUUGGCCAGAGCCACCGCAAUAUUUGCUUGAUUCCAGUUUCUGCCCAUGGUACCAAUCCUGCUUCUGCUGCCAUGGCUGGCAUGAAGGUUGUUGCUGUCAAGUGCACCAGCAAUGGUGAACUUGAUCUCAAGGACCUCCUCGCCAAGGCUGAAAAGAACAAGGAUAAACUUGGUGCUAUUAUGAUCACAUACCCCUCUACCUUUGGUGUUUUUGAGCCUACUGUCAAGAAGGCUUGCGAGAUUGUUCACGAACGUGGUGGCCAGGUUUACAUGGAUGGUGCCAACAUGAAUGCCCAGAUUGGUCUUACCAGCCCUGGUACCAUUGGUGCUGAUGUGUGCCAUCUCAACCUCCACAAGACUUUCUGCAUCCCCCACGGUGGUGGUGGUCCCGGUGUCGGUCCCAUUUGCGUCAAGUCACAUCUUCAACCUUUCCUUCCAGGUCACAAGCUUGUUGACAUGUCAAGCAGUGGUAUCACUGAUCAGGCCAUCCAAUCUGUCUGCUCUGCUCCUUGGGGUUCUGCAUCCAUUCUCCCUAUUCCCUGGACUUAUAUUAAGCUCACUGGUGGCCAGGGCUUGACCAAGGCUACCAAGAUUGCUCUUUUGAAUGCCAACUACAUGAAGGCUAGACUUGCUGACUACUAUCCCAUUCUUUACACUAACGAGAAGGGUCUUUGCGGUCACGAGUUUAUCAUUGACAUGCGUCCCUUCAAGGCUACCAGUGGUAUCGAGGCCAUUGAUAUUGCCAAGAGACUGCAAGAUUACGGGUUCCACGCUCCUACCAUGUCAUUCCCUGUUGCCAACACUCUUAUGAUUGAGCCUACUGAAAGUGAAUCUCUUGCUGAGCUUGAUCGUUUCUGCGAUGCUAUGAUUCAGAUCCGCCAGGAGAUCAAGGCUAUUGAGGAUGGUAAGAUUCCUCAGGAAAACAAUGUGCUCAAGAACUCGCCUCACACUACGCGCGAUAUUAUUGAGAGCGACUGGUCUGAUAGACCAUAUACUCGUGAAGAGGCUGCCUACCCUCUGCCAUACCUUAAGGAGCGCAAGGCAUGGCCCACUGUGACACGCUUGGAUGAUACUUAUGGUGACUUGAACUUGUUCUGCACUUGCGAUCCUCCUAAGCUUGAUGCUGAGUAA